ACAUUCGUUGGCAACAAGAAGGACCUAAAUAACCGACAAAGAAGCUGUCCUAGCUAGCAUAAAACGACCAAGCAACCCAAUUGAGUUCAAUUCUCGCGAAGGUGAUUCAAUUCAUCAUAUAAUUUUAUCCCAACCCAACCACACAUACACUAUAUUCUCUCUCUCUCUCCCCCCCAUUUCCCGCAUACACAGAGCGAUAGCAAACCUACUUUAGUUUCUUUCGCUUUUCUUCCACUAACGCAAAAAGACUCACCAGUCAUCACCACACCACCCCUUUUGCUUUUGCUUUGCGUGUUUUUGGAUUGUUGUAGAUCUAAAAGAUAAAGAUGAUUCAAGAAAUGUUGGGUGGUGCUAGUGCUAGCCACAUACCAGGAGAAAGAAAAAUCUCCAUUAAUAACGGAGGAGGAGGAAGAGCACUUCUACUAACACCACCCACAUCAUCAUCUUCUCCUUCUUGCACAACAAGCAUAACUACUUCCACCGCCACCGCCACCGCGACCUCAUCGAAUUCAGAGAACCAAAAUUUGAGGUGCCCUCGUUGUGAUUCAUCAAACACAAAGUUCUGUUACUACAACAACUACAACCUCACUCAGCCUCGUCACUUCUGCAAGACGUGUCGCCGCUACUGGACCAAAGGCGGCGCUCUCAGGAAUGUUCCCAUCGGUGGUGGCUGCCGGAAAAGCAAAAGCUCCGGUGGCAUGUCCAACUCGGUGGCGAAGCAAACCGCCACAAAGAUGAAAGCGGUGGCAUCAGAGCUUGGAAGGUCGCCACAAGGACUCUUCGACCAAGAGCUUCCACAAACCCCAAUCCUGUGGGGUUCUCCACAAAAUUCUCAACUGAUGGCUUUACUAAGAGCUACCCAAAACCAAAACCCUAACCCUAACCCUAGUCCCAUGUCAAUUUCUGUCAAGGGAGAAGGGAACUUAAUGGGAUCUCACUCCCACAUGGUGAGUACUGAGUCAUUGCUCGCGAAUGGGUUGUUGAAUCCUAGAACUAGUCUAGGCUUUGAUGAUGGCCGUGUGGGAGAAGCACUUCCUUCACUGGGUCUAUGCAGCUCUUUUUGGAGGAACAAUCAAGAUCAGACUCAGCAACAAAACAACGGUUUUGUAGUUGGAGAACAUCAAAGUAGUGGAGUUCAAGAACUUUACCACAAGCUCAGGUCAUCGUCAUCAGUUAAUUAUUGGGGAAGUGAUAACUCACCAGUGUUUCUAAGCAACAUGGCUUCUUCAUCCUCUUCUUUGUCCAACAUUUUGGAGUCAUCUUCAGUUUCUGGGAGUGAAUUCGGGUGCUGGAAUCCAACCCUUUCCUGGUCUGACCUUCCCACUACCAAUGGAGCAUAUCCUUGAUUAAUUAACCGCAUGCAAUAACUACUUUCCUCUUUUUUGUUCACUGUUCAAAUUUUUCUUUUCGAGUUAUUAGAUAUAUAGAACUCCUUAAUCUAUAGUUUAUAGAUGUUAAUCUGUAUGCUAGAGUUUUUUCUCGUGUUUGUUUGGUUGCUUUGGGGUGGUGGAUAAGUAAUAUGGAUGUGUAGGUAGCAUUAGAUCUUUUUAAUUUCCACUCUCGCGUCUUUCUAUCAUUUGCUUCUUUCUGUAUUUCUGGAUGAUGGUGUGUUUAUCUUAUCUCUCUCAAAUGGUAUUUCAAGAACUACCAGAGAGUUUAGAAUGAAUGGAAAACACAGUGUUUGAUUCUCAA